GCGCGCGCUGCGGGAGAUUUACACACCUAGACGCGCUCAUCUGGCACACUAGCACGCGCUUUCUGCACUUUUCUGCACUUUUUCGCCCGCUACAUUUUGUAAUCUGCAUGUGCGCGAGCUGCAUGGGGACAGUUUAAUCCGGCUGAAGGAAUCGAGCGGAUGGAUUCGGAGCGCAGCCGUGCUCCAGCAGCUCGGGAGAUGGAGUCACCGUUCUUACAGAGGAACACACAAAACGCACAACACACACGGGAACCGGAGCAGUCCAGCAGCGAAUCAACAGAUACAGAGACCACAGAUAAGGAGCGCGUGUGCGGGGUUCCUGAAGAUCAGAAGCAGAAGAAAGCGCGCAGGCAGCGCACGCACUUCACCAGCGCGCAGCUGCAGGAGCUCGAGGCCACCUUCCAGCGGAACCGCUACCCGGACAUGAGCACGCGCGAGGAAAUAGCAGUGUGGACAAACCUCACCGAGGCCAGAGUCAGGGUGUGGUUUAAGAACCGGCGGGCGAAGUGGAGGAAGCGUGAGCGUAAUCAGCAGAUGGAUUUGUGUAAGAGCGGCUAUCUGCCGCAGUUCAGCGGUCUGGUGCAGCCGUACGAAGACAUGUACCCCCCCUACACCUACAACAACUGGACCAAUAAGGGCCUGGGGCCCACCCCCCUGUCCACCAAGAGCUUCCCCUUCUUUAACUCCAUGAGCCCCCUGACCUCCCAGUCUGUUUUCUCUGCCCCCAGCUCCAUAUCCUCCAUGACCAUGGCGUCGGGCAUGGCGCACUCCGGGGUGCCCGCCGUGCCCACCGCGGGCAUCAACAACAUCAGCAACCUGAACGGCAUAGGCAGCUCUUCCAUCGGCUCCUCCAUGAGCUCCGCCCCCUGCCCCUACGGGCCCCCGACCGCCCCUUACUCCGUGUACAGGGACUCCUGCAGCUCCAGUAUCGCCCCCCUUAGGCUGAAGCCCAAACAGCACCCGCCCUUCAGCUACAGCCCGGGCUCCUGCCAGUACAACAGCUAA